AUGGCCUUUUCGUAUUCAAAGUGGAAAUUACAUCGGACUGUAGACCGCUCCCCGCCGGAGCAACCGUACCCCGGCGUUUCGAUUUUAAAACCGCUCACCGGUGUCGAUCCAAACCUGUUUUCGAACUUGGAGACGUUCUUCACUCUCGACUAUCCGACUUACGAGAUUUUGUUCUGCGUGGAAAAUGAACAAGAUCCGGCGUUGAUGCUGGUCAACAGCCUCAUUCACAAGUAUCCUCAGGUGGACGCAAGGUAUUUCGUGAGCGGGAUGCGCGUCGGCGUGAACCCUAAGAUCAACAACAUGCACCCUGCAUAUAUGGCAGCUAAGCACCCCUUAAUACUAGUUAGUGAUUCGGGAAUUCGCAUGCGAGACGACACUCUCCUGGACAUGGUGCAGCAUAUGAAGGAGGACGUGGCGAUAGUGCACCAAAUGCCGUUCACAUACGACGCGGACGGUUUCGCUGCCGUCUACGAAAAAGUGUACUUUGGAACUGCGCAGGCGCGCAUGUACCUAGGGGCAGACUUCUUAGGGAUCAACUGUCACGUGGGUAUGUCCUCCCUGAUGAGGCGGUGCGCGCUUGAAGAGGCGGGGGGGCUGGCUGCAUUUGGGGAGUUCCUGGCGGAGGACUUCUUCAUGGCGAAAGCGGUGUUGUCACGCGGGUGGCGGUUGCGCGUCGCGUCGCUCCCGGCGCUUCAAAACUCUGGAGACAAAUCGAUAGGUGGCCUGCAGGCGAGGCUGAAGAGAUGGGCGCGGUUGAGGAUAGCUAUGGUGCCCACGACGGCUCUGCUUGAGCCACUUAGUGAAUGUCUACCCUUAGGAGCCGGUGCAGCGUGGGCCGCCGGCCAGCUCUUUGGCGCGGAGCCCCUACCGUUCUUUCUUGUCCAUGUGCUAGUGUGGUUUCUGUCAGACUGGCUCAUGCUACGCUCUGUGCAGAAUGGGUCGCCGCCCUUCACGAAAGUGGAGUUCCUCCUUGCGUGGGUAUGGAGCGAAUGCUGCGCGCCACUGGUCCUGGCGACCGCCGUGCUUCGACCCGAGAUAUCGUGGAGAGCUCGCAGCUACCGGCUGGACUGGGGCGGACGAGCUCACGAGCUCAAGCCCAAACUCAAAUUCUGA